UUGUUGAUGAAAUUACUGAUUAACAAAAAAUAUAUUUACAUAUUUACACACAAAUAUUUAUUAAGUUAUAAAUGAAAAUAACAGUAUGAAAAUAAUAAGAAAAUCUGACCAAUUUUAUCUUACUUUUUGCUACCCCAGGCCCAUUUGGUUAUUUCUGAAAGAAUCUCUACGGAGAUGACGUGGCAUGUCAAUUUGUCAAUGAUUUUUUUGUUUAUCUUAUUAUAUAAUCUUUUCCCAUUUUUCUCUUUCACAUCGUAUUAGUCCCACUUUGGUUGGCUUAGGAUUGUUCUUGCAUCAUCUUAAAAAUGGCUUCGCUUUCUUUACUCAGCGGCGGUGCUCUCCAGGCUCGUUGCGCAAGACAUGCGCAUGUUAGCCCACGCGCGGCGCAUCCUACCAAACCCGCUCCUCCGUCCUCCUCUCUAACCGGCGCCUCUCGCAGGAACCUGCUGUUUUCCCUGACGGCAGCCACGGUGGUGACGGGACUGCAGCCUGCAUCAAUGGCGGAGACUAUUCCGUUGUUCGGGAUCAGAAAGAAGCUGAAGAAGGCAGAAGAAGAAGCGGUGGAGAUCGUGAAGGAAGGCUUCGAGACGGCGGAGAAAGGACUAGAGACGGCUGAGAAGGGAUUAGAGGCGGCGGAGAAGGGAGUAGAGACGGCGGAGAAAGAAAUCGAGACGGCGGUUAGUUAUAACGGAUUGACGCAGGCGGGAGCAGUUGUGGCGGCUGAGUUCGUCGGAGUUCUUGUCGCAACUUCAGUCGUCAACGGGAUUUUAGGACCUGAAGCCCAGAAGUCGUAGACUUUUAUCAUUUCAAGACUGAAAGACAUUUGAUCUUUAAGUGUAAUAUUGUGUCUAAAAGUUGUGUUAAUUAAGCGUUGAACGUAUGUAAUCUUGUUUGAGUUUUGAUAAUAUAUAGUUUUAAUUUAUUUUCA